AUGCGCCUAAAUUACGUCUUACUGGCCGCUGCCUCGACCCUACUCGCCCGCCACGUCACCUCCACCCCGUACUCCGCUAAUGAUGUUGCGCUAACUGGUGUAAUGUCGCUGGGCUUCAUUCAUUUUGUUGGCGCUGACCAAAGUGUAAGCGACCAGUCCCGGUUCCUGAGAGGCGGCAACAUCGACGAAUAUGACAACGAAGAGAGAAGUUUUGUGGAGGUUGUUAAGCAAGCGAUGAUUAAAAACAACUUUGUUAACAAGCUGAUGAAGAAGAACUCGUUUUCGGAUAUCGAGAAAAUUGACGAUCUUGGGAAGCUCAAAAGGAUUUCGGUUGCUGCAGAUGACCAAUUGAAUUCGGCGUUCAAGCUGGCUGACGAUGCGAAAAUGAGUCCCGACGACCUGGCCAAGGUGCUGAAAGAAAUGCCAGGUGCCGACGAUGCCCUGACGGGUAAGGCAAAGGAAAUGUACACUGAGUACUUGAAAACAGUUGGCGGAAGAGUGCACACGUAG